AUGGCCUUGCUUGUUUUGAUGGACGAACGAAGAUGGGAGGACUUGGAAAUGGACUGCUUGGUCAAAGUGUUUGAGAAAGUUGGAAUGGAGUCACUGCUUUUGGAUGUCCCUUUUGCGUGCAAGUCAUGGCACAAGGCGACCCUCAAUCCUUCAUGUUGGCGUGACUUAUUUGCGAGUGAGUAUCAAAUUGAUAGGGAUCGUUGCUCUGUCACCGCUUUUCUAAAGUUUGUGAUCAAUCGGAGCAGCGGAAAUGCUACUGUGCUCAAGCUUCCCAAAUGCUGCACAGUAGAAGCCUUUGAAUUUGCUGCAAAUGUGUGUCCAGGCCUUGUGACUUUGAGUUUACCACUAAAGUUACUGGACAGUGAUAACACGAACCUAGAGUUGAUUGGCAAGUGGAAAAAUUUGGAGGUGUUAUCAUUGGGUGCAUGCUUAAAUUUGGCGCAAAUACUUGCAAUUAUACAAACACAUUGCAAGAAUUUUUAUGGUUUAGAUUUGUCCAAAGGCUAUGUUGAUGAACAUCAUGCGUUGUCAAUUGCGAAGUUGGUGCCCAAUAUCACGUAUUUAAAUUUGAAGGGUGCAAAAGUUUAUCAUGAUAGUCUUGUCACAUUGCUAAGUGGGUGCAAAGAUCUGGUGAUGUUGGACGCCAGAGAUUGUUUUGGUUUCGAUGAGAACGACGAUGAAAUAUCAAAGUUUGCGUCUCAUAUUAGUACAUUUAUGUGCGAGGGUUCCAAAUUUCCUUUUCGUGAUGAUAUACCUCUUCCUCUUAGUGCACAAAACCCGUUUGAUGAUGAGAUGUGGGAUGAGAUGUUGGAUGAUAUGUUCAAUGAUUUGCGCGAUGUUCAAUGA